CCUCAUUGGCUGCGGGAGUCACGUGCCUGGAGCGGACGGCCGUCGGAGCCUUUCCUCGUCUGUUUGCUGCUGUCGGUCGUCCAGGGAGCGCCAGAGGGAGUCGGGCCGGCGCGGCGCGGCGCAGCAGCUGGGCGGGAUGGAGCCGGAAGAGUUGCCCGCCGCGGGGGAAGAAGACGAGCGCUUCAGGCUUCACUUGGUCACCUGGAAUGUGGGCACGGCUUCCCCGCCUCCUGAGGUCACCAGCUUGCUCCUGCUCAACUCAGAAGGGCCGGCGAUGGACAUGUAUGUUAUCGGUUUACAGGAGGUGAACUCCAAGGUCGUGAACUUCCUGUCCGACUUGGCUUUCGACGACCCCUGGAGCAUCUUCUUCAUGGCGGUCCUCUCCCCUUUGGGUUACGUCAAGGUCUCUUCCAUCCGAAUGCAGGGCCUCUUGCUGCUGAUCUUUGCCAAGCACGCCCACCUCCCCUUCAUCCGGGACAUUCAGAGCCAGUUCACCCGCACCGGCCUCUACGGAUACUGGGGCAAUAAGGGGGGCGUGGCCAGCCGCCUCUCCCUCUACGGGCACAUGGUCUGCUUCCUGAACUGCCACUUGCCAGCCCACCUGGAGAACGCCGAGCAGCGCCUGGACGACUUCGAGCACAUCCUGGAGAUGCAGCAGUUUGCCGGCGAGAAGGUUCCCGGGAUCCUGGACCACGACAUUCUCUUCUGGUUUGGGGACUUAAACUUCCGGAUCGAGGACUAUGGGCUGCAUUUCAUCCGCGAGUCCAUAAACGGCAGCCGGUUCAGUCUGUUGUGGGAAAAGGACCAGCUUAACAUGGCCAAGAAGAAGGAGAGAUUUCUUCAGGAAUUCAGGGAGGGGCCCUUGAAGUUCAAGCCCACCUACAAGUUUGACCUGUAUUCUAAUGAGUACGACACCAGGGGGCAGAAGAUGCUGCUUUGGUUUAACGGCAAGAAGCGGAAGCCAGCCUGGACGGACCGGAUCCUCUGGAGAGCGAGGCCUCCCUUGCGCCCUGCCCCGGAGGAGGGCGAGAUGCCGGAAGAGGGCUCCCUCUCGGUGUCCCUGCGCUGCUACGCCAGCCACAUGGGCUACGGCAUCAGCGACCACAAGCCUGUGACUGGGACCUUUGACCUGGAGAUCAAACCCCUGGCGUCCUCCCCGCUGGUCACGCUGCGCCCCGUGGGAGAGUGGAGCGCAGGGCACGACGUGACCGUCAGCUACUCCACCCUGCCUGAAUUUCCAAGCAGUGCCUGGGACUGGAUUGGUCUCUACAGGGUGGCGUUCCGGCACCCCAACGACUACGUGAUGUACGCUUGGGUGCAGGACAACGAGAUCUCCUCCGGGGAGGACGCCAGGCAGGUUUAUCUCGGGGCGGAGGAGCUGCCGGCGGCUGGAGGGGAGUUUCUCCUGGGCUACUAUAGCCACGCCCUUCAGUGCAUGGUUGGCAUCAGCCACCCCUUCCAGAUUCAGCCCAACCGGACAUCGGCAGAAAAGGACCCGCUGUGGGACGGAGUCGGAGCGACGGAGGAGCUUGACAGCGCCAGUUCCUUGUGUGACUUCUGAAGUGUGCCAGAGUGCUUGCGGUGGGGGGUGUGUGUGUGAGGGCCCCCACUGCCCUCUGCCUUAAUAACGGGGAGCACAUGUGCCAAAUCUGCAGAGGCUGGCGUGAGUUAGAGCUGUUGAGAACAUCGCCACUUAGGAACUAGGAAAACUGCUCUCACCCGGCACUCGGGCUCCCUGGCCUGCUCUGGACCAAGGCUGGGCCUGCCUUCAGCCGCUAGGGAAUCCUCGGUAGCUUUCCCAACGGAGCUCCCUUUCCCUCCAUCCUCCUUCAGUGACUUAACCAGGGCAGAAGGAGGUCUCCACUUCUCUCCUUCUCCCUUUUUUUCUAGGACAGAUUCUAGGAACCGUGUGGCUCGUGGCAAUAGAAUUAUUAUUAUUUUUUUAAAUAGUAUUUCAGAAUUAGCCUCUAUUGGAAGCUGAAAUAUGUUUUAUGUUAGGUGCAAUGUUUUGGUUGGUUUGAAGCAGGAGCUGUGGAACAGCUGGACACAGGGAGGAGGGUGCUGUCCCCAUUGUAUUGAAUCUCUUCUGUUGCCUGACCCAGGUAGUUUGAGUCUCCAGGAUUUCAGUCCUUGAUAUGACGAAGGUCACUCUGUGUCCGACAAGCUGCCCUUUGCAUCGAUUCUGGGAGCCCUCUAUGGACUUCUCUUGGUGCUAGGGAUAGCUGGAUUUUUGGCUGGCAGAAAUAGGGUGAGUCUCUUCCUGUUCCCCAAAAGCUGUGUGAUGAGAAGGCAUUCGAACUCACAACUUUCCUAAGCUAGGCCAACACUCCAGAUGGCCUGGACCCACCACAGAGACCCUUGUUGGCAAGCCUGCAACAGAUGCAGUGUGUCUGUGGGGGUGUUGCUCAACCUGCAAGCUUCUUGGCGGGGGACUCAUCCCGCUUCUUAAAAACCCCUGGACGUGUGCUUGUCCCAUGUGCUUUCCACAAUGGCAGGUCACCUGACUAGAAGUCAUUGAGUGGUGCGGGAGGGUAGGAGACGCGUGCGGACAUAUCCAGAAUCUGGGCACUUGCUGGCUGCUCUUUUUUCUGUAGAUAUGGGGCACCAAGUUAUCAAGGGCGUAGGAAAAAGCCCUGGACCAAAAUCACCACUGGACCUGUUCUUUGGCAAUUCCCAGGAUAAUGGAAUCAGGCACGUUGCCCCUUUUUCAAUGACAGUAGCCAUAGGCAGAUGUUCAAGUCAUGAUCAUCUAUAGCCACUGCCAAGAGAACGUCUUCUACUAGAAAGCCAUAUUUUUACAAAACCCUGAAAUGUUACAGGGAUGUGCAAAACACGUCAGUAACAGAAUCAGCAACCCUGUUCAAAAGUUCUGGUUCCAUUACCGACACAUUUUGCACAUUUCAGACACUCUACUAUUUGGGGGCUUUGUCAAAGUAUGCCCUUUUAGUAGGAGACGUUCUCUUGCGAGUGGGGGUAUAGAAUAUCCAUGUGAACAUUUUGCCUUUGGCUACAGCCGGUGGAAAAAGUAGCUACGUGCCUGAUUUGGUUCCCCUUGGAAUCGCCCACUUGAAUCCUUUUAACGGGAGGCAAAGUGAAUGUCGCAUUCCGUGUAGCUAUUAUGUGCAAGCACUUCUGAGCAUCUCUGGGUGAAGGGUCCCUGUUGGGUCACAAAGCUGCCCUUUCCUGCACUCUCGCCUCUGGAGGGUAAUCCUUCAGAUCCUUCUGGGCGAGCCGAAAUCUUCUUUUAUCCUUUGCUUAGGGACGUUGUAAACAUGGAACACUUUUAUAGAUGGGAACAAAACCCUGCAUAGCAGAUGAGUGGCUGUUAACGGCCUAGCUUGAAUCACUGCCUAGCGGAAUUCGGUGGCACGGAUCUGCUCGCUUUAAAUGGCUGCAAACCGACCCAGAUUUUUAAAAAAUAUAAACUGACCGAAGGAAAGGAAGAAAGUCUGGCUUCUGACAAGGCCACCACCUAGUGUGCGGCUGUCUCUUGCUCCCCGAAUCUUGGCUAGGACGAGAGAUUCCCUGGGGAGCAAACGAUGCCGAAUUGGCGCAUCCUGAUGCACGUCGCCUUGUUGCACACCUGUUGAUCGCAUGGGAGGUUUUUUGUGUUUUGCAAUAAAGAGGUGGUGAAACUGCCUGGGAGACGGUUAACCCGCAAAGGAAGUUUGCAAUGUGUUUUGUGGCUGGUCUGUUACAGCAUCCUGGUCUGUUGUGACUGGUCUGUUACAGGAACUGAAAAGUGAAUUUUCAUCCCCCCGCCCAUGUUACUUUGGAGUCUCCCAUCUGAUUCCGCCCUGCCUCUUUUGCUUUGCUGCUCCCAUCAGGCUGGUAUGCAUUUUUAGGAUUGGUCAGAACUGUGUAUAAUAUUUUGAAGCCAAGUUUGUGUGUGAGUGAGAGAGAGAGGAAUUAAUUCCAGACCGUCUCGGGAAGUAAUUCUUCUAGUAUAUUCCAGGACAUAGGAGAUAAGACUGACUAUUCCCUCUGACAAAUUCCCGGGCGGGGGGUUCUCAAGCCUGAGUUCCCAGGUGCCCUGGACUACAACUUGGCAGAGGGUGAUGGGAGUUGUAGUCCAACAUCAUUGGGAGCAGUGGGGCUAACUCAGAACUGUUUGGGGAGAACCAAAGUAGUUGGGACGCGGUGCCCGGGCCCCUCUGGAGCGAUGCCGCCCCGGCUGUAUUUUACCGACGCUGCCGGUCUUGGCUGUUAAACGGGGGUGUCGGUUUUUUGUACGGAUUCAUCUUGAGCCUGCAGGCUCCUUGUGUGGCUUUUGAGGGCGUGGGGCGGCAACGCUUGGAAUAAAGAUGGAGCUGCUGAGCUUUUCAGACCCGC